AUGAUAUUGAAGGAGGUUAGAUGGAUACACGAUCGUCAAUAUCUUAAAGAGUUGAUUGAUGGUGUUAAUAAGGAGGACUCAACAAGUUGGUACGCAUACACUUGGUUCAGACUAAAGUAUAAUCAAUGGACAAACUUUGAUCGCAUUGUAAAGUGUAGACAUUAUGGUCUGUUGCGUGAUCGUAUCAAACGACAUGAGCACGUCGACGAACCAAAGGACUGGGAGUUGCGCAACUUUGUCGAGAGCAACGCUGACAAUGAAACAUUCGACUUGGUCUACGACAAGUUUAAAUAUUUCUUCAAAGCUCAGAGCAAACGAUUGUUGUCACUCUCUGUCAGAGCUGGCAACACUCACUUUGCUCAUACAAUGUUGCGCGAUCUCAAAGUAGACAACGAUCUGAAUAACUCCCUUUGGAGCUCGGCCAUCGCCAGCAAGAGCACCGACAUGAUCAAGUUCCUCCUUGAGAAUGGACACAUCAAGAUUCCAGAUGCAGAAGAUGAUCGGAGCAAGUUUGUCGAGUAUAUCUUUCAGACUCAUUCAAAGGAGUUGAUCAGAUUCGCUCUGGACUCGGCAUGCUUCCCCAGUGAGAUGUCUGCACUGGUGCGCUCACUUGCUCCAAAGUCGUACAUCAUUGAGGUGCACGUCAUAGGCGAUCAACAACUAAUGGAUGAACUGAUACCAGCCGAUAAACUCAGCAAUCACACGUGUGUCCCUCGCCUAUCCCACAGAGAUCAACUAGCUUACAAUGCACCAAUCGAGCAACACAUGGAACACAUCGAGUUCAUGUUGCGUCACAAGUUGGUAUGUGGCGGUGAUAUGACAGAUCAACAAGCUUAUGAGUCACUCGCGAGUUCAAAGGAGUGGGCCAGAAAGAUCGUUGUUGGCGAGUCCGGCACUGGAACUUGCACUGACACUGACACUGGGAGUGAUGAGAACCGAUUGGCCAUCAUAAAGUUCUUCCAUUUCAUAAAGGAUCGAUAUACAUGGACAUUUGACAACAUAGUCAAUGAGACAUUGAGCAAAAUAACAAAGAGGGACAAUGGCAAGGUGUACAAGUUGUUCCUGAGGCCUCAUAUGUCAUCGCACAACUCAGUGCUCAAGCUCGAGGUGCUAAAGAUACUCAAUCUUCACAUGCUACAAUUGGAAACGCAUCGAAGAUACCUUCCUUUCGAAGGGUCAAUGGAGUUGCUGGAGUUCCUCGUGUCCAGCACAAACAAGGUUGUACAGUUCAAGCCACUGUUCACCGACAUCAACCAACUGAUCUACACGCUCGGGAGGGCACCGAAACUGGUCAAUCUCGAGCAGCAACUCCAACUCGCUCUGGCACUUGGUCAUCGUGGUAUGGUCGAGAUCAUCUUCAAACGAGGCUACAAGCCAUCAGGGCACACGUGGGUAUUCGAACUUACAAUGUCUGGCCGACCACAACAUUCAAUGUUCAAGUGGUUGAUGGAGAACUAUGCCACAAUAACAACGUCCUCCCUAUGGGAGCGUAUUGGGAAAUGUGGCGACAUUGAAAUGGUUGAGCUGGCAAUACAGUACUAUCGAGAAACAAUCAGUAAGAUACCAACAACUACACUUUUUCUAUCAUAUGAGUCCAGGAUCAAGACAAUAUUGGAGUCUGCGAUAUCAGAGAACCAAACACAUAUCAUCGUUCAUAUUUAUACUCAUCAUACAUCAUUGAUAACUCCUGACACAUACGACUUGAUUCGACUUCUGGCAAUUGGUUCUGGAAAUUUGAGACAACUGGACACUAUUCUUGGAUUGACCCCAAUGACAUUGGACUUGGGCAACAGUGUCUAUGACAAUGCCAAAGGAAAGAAACUUGUAACGGCAUUCGAAGGCAUUCCAGUCUAUAGUUUGAUAAAGGCAUGCAUCUUUGUCCCUUUGGGUGUCGCACUUCUGGAAUGCCUCCUCAAACAUUUCAACAGUCAAGACCUCGCUCACAUCAAAUCAAUAUUCCUGCCCCUAUUCACUGUUGACUUGGUCAAGAAUGAUAACACAACAAUGUUACAAUAUCUACUGGACAUUGGUGCUACGUUUCAAACUAAAGGCUCUACACAAUGCACUGCCUACAAGAAUAAUCAACUCAUUCGAUCAAUAUUCGCACAAUAUAAACAAGGCAACAACAACAAUAAUAAUACGAACAACAAGAAGAGGGCCAGAGACAAUGAUGAUGAAUGA